AGUUUUAGGGAGGAGGAGCAAAUAGAAUUAGUAAGUGGUACGUGCAAAAAUUCAGAAUCUAUUUAUCUCAGUGAUCUCUUGCAGGAGCAGGAGCUUUUAGUGCUUGGUACUAGCGUUGUCUAUCUGAGAAGAACAGUUCUUUUAUGACCUUCUAGUCGGAGCAGGUGGAGUGCGAUCUUCAGGCCAUUUUCGUCUUGCGAGAACGAAGACAGGAUGACGAAGAGGAAGACCAACACGAAGAAUAAAAACUCCUCGAACGCGAACAACAAGAAGAGGAAGAACCAAAACAAAAAACGCGUCCAGGAGCGCCAGCUGCAACCAACUUAAGGCGUGGCUUCGUUAUAAAAUUUUAUCCCUCAGCACUGAUACACAUACAGAUCCAUCUUCUAUUAGAUAAGCCGUCCGGUGUGUAGUUUAACUCAAGAGUAAAACAUGCAGGUCCACGAUUGCAGUCGCCCUUUGUUAUUUUCCCAACAAGGCCUCCAACAAGUAGCUGCACAUUCACAGGAGGUCUAUAAUAAAGAUUGAGAUGAAGAUUAUGAACAUCAAUGUCAAUCCCCACCGACAUAUCCCGUUGAUAAUUCUUGUCGUAAUUAACUAAGUUCACUUGCUUAACCUGUUUACUUUCGAAAUCGAACCUCUAUUUCACAACAUUAUGAGCAUCAUGGAGUGAUGUGAGCUCUAACUUCUCUCUUCGAACUCUGUAGAGCGGACGACGCUUCAGGCGAAACAGACAGCAAGACGCCACAACAGCGGUGCGCGAUGCUGCCGCUCGCAUCGCGGAUGGUCCUCGGCCGGGUUGGCCUUCCUCUCGAGCAUGCCGGAAGUAGCUUCCCGUGAGCACAAGCAGAAGCAGAAAAUAUCGCAUCUUCAUGAGUCGGGUCAACACGGCGCUGGCAGUGAUCAGCCUCUAGGUACUUGAUCGUCUCGCAGCUUUUGUUCAUACUAUCUACUACUUAAUAUUCCUUUUUUCAAGUUGUAACUGUAAGCAGUCACUUUGUUUUUGUAGAUGAGUCGCGUUUCUACAAUAAGUAGAUGACUCCUGAUGGUCUAGAUCUAUCUCCCCACUGCGACUUCUUUGUAUCAAGAGCAUACUAGUACAGUAUAUGAUGCGGGAGGUAUCAUUUUCUUAUCAGCAUGCUCCUGUUAUUUUCUUAUCAUCAUUAUACAGAGUUUCUCACUCUUGAUCGCCUCGCCGCUUCUCUUCAUAGAAAUACUUCCGCAUCUAAUCAGACACACACACAGACACUCUCAGCGCAAGUCACUUUGUAGCGUGUUGCUUAUACAAAUAGAGAUGAUCUCCCGCCGAUUUGGAUUCCCACCUCGUUGUAUCUUCACUCAAGAUUGUACUAGCCGCAGUUGCUACUUCUCUUCACUGAUGACCAGGGAAAUCCGCCACGCGCGCGCGGAGAAGGAUUCGCCUACUACUGACUGCGCUGACCGCACUCAGAAAAGUCCCGCAGAGCCGCCACCGCAUUUGGGUGGAAGGAGUCCAAAAACCUGCAAAAGACGGCGCCGCCCAAAUGCCGCCAAAAACUGCAGGAAAGUCGGAACCGUGUCCGGGUGUUUUGGUUGGUUUUUGGUUGUGUGUUGUGUCUCCACCGCAAAAGGGCUCUGCCUUCACGCGCCUGCCAUGUCUUUCCGCUCCGACGGCAGUCGGGUGCUUCGCUUGCUGCCGAUGAAUCCUGACGGAAGGGCGGUGGCCAGGUCUGCGGAAGUGUCGCCGCCAAUGAGUUUGGUUCCGGCGAGUGGGGGUCUGGCUGCUGGUUUUUUCUGUCCGUGUGCCUUCUCCCCAUGAGUCCAGCGUGACCGCAUCGCGCUGGCCAGGUCUGUCUGUGGGAGUUUCGUCGGCAGCUUACUGAGGCGCUGCGCAUGGGGAUGCGGCUGCAAUUUUUCGGCUUUUCGCCUCCUUUGUUCGCUGGCUUUCGCUGGUUCUCUUGGGUCGUUUGCGUGUAAGCUGCAGAACGACGCGCCUUCAUCUCGGUGGCUUGUGUGUAGGCUACGGAACAGGGGCUGGGGCUUUUUAGAUAUUGGGUUUGGGCUUGGGAUUCUCAGGCGCUUCCUCAGUCGGACGAGUCAGUGUGGCGUGUCUGAAGUGCGUGGGGAGUGCGUUGCGCGUCGUCGUGGGCAGGGGGGCGCCCGCGUAUAGUUGGUAUGACACAUGGCAAACGGCGCGCAAUUCUAGCCGGCAUGCCUUGGGUGUUAGUUUCCGCGCGCCCUCUGACCGCUCGAUCGAUGCAUGCAGAAGUCGGUAGCUAGCGUGGGCGCCUCAUGGCAAUACGGUGUCGCUUUCACCAUCGUCGUCGCCUCCUUCUAUUUCGACGAGGAAGUAGACUUAUAUCCCCAUCGCUGUCAAAUAAAUUAAAACACAUUUUUCCACAGCUGAGCAUAUGUCCAUUGAACGGCAGCGAAUUGCGACGAAGAACCAAAACGAGCGUGGUCAGGGGUCGACGGCGUCACAGGUUAUCCCGCUUUUGCUUUUUGAUGUUGUUGCACUAGUGCACUGAUGCGACCUGCUCAUCUACUUAUCUAGAUACCCUUGUAGCUUUUUUUACUGAUAAUAUGUCAUCACUUUGAUACGUUUUGGGUCAUGGCAUGAUGACAUUCUUUGUAGUUCUUUAGAAGAUUUUCUGUAGCUUCUUAUCGGAAUAGACGAGAUAGAGAGUAUUGUCUCCAACUCUAGACUUUCAAUACCUUACUUUGAUGAAGAAGAAGACACAGGUACUAAAGCCGAGGACGACCAAGACGAAGGAUGAGAUGUUGACUUAAGGCUACCGCUAGUCCGUCCCUACAUAUUUAUAGGGGUCCCUCAAGAAGCGUGUACUACAACAGAUGAGCAGUAUCUUCUUUGAGGGGAUGUGAUUCCCAGCACAGAGAUGGACUAGGUGGAGUAGCUCUAACAGACCCAGCUAUCGGAUACAUUGAGUUCGCUAAAAGAUUGGAAAUUGAGAAAUUGGACCUUUUCGAAAAAACUAACCGAUGAGAAGCAGGAACUGUCGGAAUUGAAGGAGGCGCAAAAAAGCUUGAAAAAGGAUCUGAGCAUUAGGGAGUCUCUAUCUAUAAUUUUUUGAGAAAUGUUGACCUCGUCGACCCUGCAGAGAAAAUGCAUGUUUAUGUUUUUCCUCGCUUGUGGUUUCAUCUCUUCUUUCUAGUUGGACCCUGACUGUGCUAUUAACAGGUUUAUAACUCAACAUACGAUAGCAAAGGGAGAAGGGGGGGCAAGAGUCACAGUUUCACUCUCUGAGUUUGAAUUAUUGAUUGAUUCUCUCCUUCCUGGGAUCUUAAGGAAAUCUUAACUAAUUGUAACUGUUUCACUGUAGAGCAGGACUAUUCAACCUACAAGUGAAUCAAUUUGUUAACAAAAAAAGGACCGUAACAACUACAACAACCAUUGAACACAAGUUUGCUUUAGUUUUCAGGUAAAGUUAAUAUAAUUGCAAUGACAAGGACAACUUCAUUUCUGAACACCUUUGAUUGAUUGGCUCCUUCCUGAACCUUACCGAACUUAUUCUUUUAUUAAUUUUUUUCGUACCUCUGCCUCACUGGGAUAUAGUACUUUUAUUCUCUUCAUCAUCUUAAGCAACUUUCUUAACUUUUGAGCAGUAGGCUCUAAUAGGAACUGCGAGGGUGAGCGGCGAGGGAAUCAAGUCGAGUCUGAUGAACAGGAUUUGGCGCUUGAGGAGAACGUAAAGCAGAUGGUAGACGGGCACACCGUUCUCGAUGCGCGGCUGGCGCACGCGGUGGCCGAGGCGGAGCUGCUCAAGAAGGAAGAAUCACUUUACGGCUACCGCUAGCUCAUCUCUAUAUUAAGUAACUACAUGGGAAUGAGUCUUGAUCUUGUUCUCUCAACCUCGUACUACAGAGAACAAUGAGUAUCUUCAUUGAGAGAAGAUCCCUGACUGAUGAAACAUGCGGGAUAUUUCCAACAAACCACACCCGAGCAACUACAUGAGAAAGUAAAGGCUUUUGACCUUCUGGUAGGGGAAACCAAGGACUUCGACAGUCGGCGACUCCUCGUAUCAAUGAAGCAAAAAAAACACAAAAUGCUGGAGGGCAACAAAGCGCUAGAAAAAGAGCUACAAAUUAAGGACUUUCUCCAUAAUAACUCAUGGGGUAGCGAGAGGUGGAGUAGGUGGUGGAAGACAGGAGUUGUACGAUUUGCAACUUUAAACAUAGAUUGGUUUAUGUCACAGACAACCCAGCAUGUAAGUCUACAUGUAAAUAACAUUCACUGUGUAUUCUUGAUUCAUUGUUCCCUUUCUAGCAUCAUGUUUUGAGGAAGUCAAUCACAGUCAAGAAUUUUAAGUUUUGUGGUCUACCUCUAAGAAUACUUGUAGAAGUAAAGCGAAACGGGAGCAAAGGAAGUUUUUGGCCGCGCAAAACCUGGAGGUGAGGAGGGUAUUGCAUUUUCGUACUUACAAUUAUACAUACUAUGGUAGGUCCUCGUUGUCGGUAUUCGUUCCUUACCCAAAAGCGUACUGUGGUUGCGCGCGUCUUCUACUAUUGUUCAUUGUAGUAAAACAUAGAUUGGGUUUUAUCACUAUUUCUUAGUCUUUAAUAAGUCGACGUGUAAAAGAUAAUAAUAUAUGGCACUCACUGUCAUGAGACAACAUGAUUUUUAUGGCCAGGCCGAAGAGGUGGAGUCUUCUACGGCGCGAGCGGCGGAAGAACACGCGGAAGUGCAGCCUCCUUAAGGCUACCGUUUCAGCACCUCAGUGUUAUCCUUGGCUCUUUCCUUCUUGAAAAAGAAGCCAAGAAUGCUCCCGGGGUGGUGAAUGCCAUCGUGGUAUUUCUAACAGGAGGCGAAGCAGCUUCUGCAGGAACCUAAAGGUGAGGCGCUGGAACUUCAGCAGCCGCAGAAGCAGCGUGCAACACAGCAGAAGAUCGAGGAAAAAGUGGAGGGGGCGCCGUCUGGUGCACCGGGAUGUUGUAAUCUGAGAGGAAGUAUGAAAUUUAUGAAGUAGGUAAGGAGUAAUCUAGUAGUAGAAGAUGAGUCGACAAAAUCAGCUCUGUUCAACAUGAAUAUCAUUCAACUAGUAGUUAGCUCCUGCCUCCAAGGACAAGUGACCUGUAGUUCUGGGGGUCCGGUAUUACAAAUCAAUGGAUCUCGUCAUGCACAACAACCUUCAUCCAUAGAAACGACAUGCAAUGAACGCCUCAAAGUAUUGUGACAAUGAGGAUUCCAAGAACUAGACCUGGUUUAACAAUAGCGAAUCAUGAGCAUACAAAGACCACAGAAUGAGCAUAUUACAAAGACAGACCAAGCGUAGUUUGACGCCUAACAGGCCGUGAGUAGCAAUCUAUACCACUUUCUGUAUCCCAUCCACGUCUAGAUUUAAGUAUUCAUAAAGAUAAUAUUAUUUUAUUACAUCGUGAACAAGAAGAUCAUCACAUUCUCAACAUCGAAGAACUCGAAGAAGCUCCGCGUGACUGAGCCUCGUUUUGUCAUAAUAUUCAUAUCUGAAGACGACUGUGAACAUGAACAAAUUCAUAAAAAGAUAUUCUGCCGUUGCACAUAUGAAUCGACGAUUAUAUUGCUUAAUUAAAUGCUUGUGCCUAUCAACUUAAUCAUGAAAAAGGACACCGAAAUCAGUUUUCAAGAACACUCUUUGUAUACGAUAAGAUUGUUAUCCAUUAUAGUUAAUAGUUGUUCAUCAUGUGAAGAAGUAGUGCUGGAGGUCGGAAGAUUCUCGCCCGUGAUCAUGAGGGCACUGCCACUCCUGACAUAUUCCCUGCACACUGCUUCUAACAUCAAACUGUGUUCUCG